AGUGCGCGAGGGGAGGAGCGGGAGGAGGCGGAGGAUGUUCCCGGCGGCGGCGGCGGCGGCCGGGGCAGCGCGGGCCAGAAGCGCGGCGCGCGGAGCCCUCGGCUGCCCGGCGGAGCGCGGCGGCGGGUGGACGGCCAGUGGUCGGGUCUGCGCUGCCCCGGGGGCUCUGAACGCGAGUUCUAGGCUUUGUCUCCCGCGCUACCUUCGUGCUGACGGUCAGGGGGCUCCGGGUCGGCGAAGGGCGCGGGCAGGACGCCGCGCGGCCCGGGCUCGGACGCGACGCUCGGAAGGGAAGGGGCGGACAAAAAAAGACCAAAUGGCAAAGCAACCUUCAGAUGUAAGUUCUGAGUGUGACAGAGAAGGUGGACAAUUGCAGCCUGCUGAGAGGCCUCCUCAGCUCAGGCCUGGGGCCCCUACCUCUCUACAGACAGAGCAGCAAGGUAAUCCUGAAGGCGAAGGGGACCGCUGCCCCCAAGGCAGCCCUCAGGGCCCGCUGGCCCCACCAGCCAGCCCCGGGCCUUUUGCUACCAGAUCCCCGCUUUUCAUCUUUGUCAGAAGAUCCUCCCUGCUGUCUCGAUCCUCCAGUGGGUAUUUCUCUUUUGACACAGACAGGAGCCCGGCACCCAUGAGUUGUGACAAAUCAACACAAACCCCAAGUCCUCCUUGCCAGGCCUUCAACCAUUAUCUCAGUGCAAUGGUAUGUAUGGUAACAUACUGUUUAGCGAGAUUAUAAGGUAAGUCCUGUUACUCCAGGUGACAGAUGUAAAGCUUUAGAGAUCACAGUCUAAGUUAUUAAAGAAAGUUAUGUUUAUACCUGUGAAGUCAAGUCAUGGAUCCUGAGGUGUAAUUUCAUAGCAGUAACUACAUUCCAGUAGAUUGGCAUGAUAACCGAGAGUUUAAUGCAAGGAGUAAAUGAUAAGUUAUAAGGAGUUUGUCUGAAGUUAGUGCAUCAAGGUAAGUUUUCAGGAUUUAGUUCUGGGGAGACCUGUUUGCUGGGGUGGGGGAUGAGUGGGGGACUGGAGAGGACUUAGAUAGGAGUUUUAUUAACUGCAGAAUAAAAUUGACAGCCUUUGUAGUCUAUAACUUUUUUUCAUGGUUAUUCUUCUAAUAGUCCAGUGCCUAAAGACCCCUGAAAUCUGCUGAGUUGAUAAAAUUGGGUUCUGUUCUCUUUGUAGUCAUGUUUAGUGUUCCUUACUCAACCAUGUCCAUUAAGAUCUUCAAUGAAGCUUUUGAUAAUUUAUUGCAAAACGCAUUUUUUUUUUUUUUUUCACAAAGAAGUCUUUAUGAUUGGUUGUCCCCAGGGCAACACAAAUGUGAGGUUAUAGAGAGGUUCUCCUCUGCCAGGGGCUCCUGCUCCUUCACCCACAAAAUAGUUUCUGCUCCGCGAGUGGGGAAAGGAAGCAGCGGAUCUGGUAGUUCUGCUCCUGCAUCUUUGUUCUGAUGAGAAAGUCUAUUCUUGUCUGGGAUGUGCAGCAAGUAGAUGUUUAUUCUAGAAAUGCUUUCCUAUUUUUCUCGAUAUCCCCGAUGUUUCUGGAGGUCUUUAAAAAAUACUCUAUUUUUCCAUGAGGAGAGAGAGAGGGUUCUUUUUUCUUCUUUCCUUUUUUUUUUUUUUUUUUUUUUUUUUUGCUUUUACCAAUCAAAUUGUAGUCUCCUUACAUCCUGGGUCAAUUAACUUCACAAGUGAGCUCUUAGUGGAUAACCGAUUAUUCUGCUCACAAUCGUUGACAGAGGUAUGGGUUUCUGAGUGCCUUUGCUAGUGAGCGUGCAUAUGCCAUGUGCGUUUUUAAUACAAAUUGUGUACUCUCUUCUGCACAAGUUUGUACUUUGAAGGUGUAGUUACUGCUGGUGGAGGUAAGAGUUAAGAAAGGUCAGGAUGUGCCAGUGAAUAUUGUGAACAGGGUGAAAGCUCCGUAAUUAACAACUUCCGGGUGUCAAAUGACUUAACCCUUAUAUUCUCUGGAACAUCAGAAUUCAUAGGUAGGGGUUAAUCGUGUUUUUGGUAUUCCUCCACAUGAUGUGCCUAGUCCUCUUGCACCUGGCAGUUAUCUGGCAGAUUGUGAGCCCUCCGAGGAGAGGCAAGAUGUCCUGCAGAUCGUAAUGAGGGCCUGACAAAGAGGACAUGCCCAGGAGACGUUCAGAGUUUGGAGUUUUGCCCAUCAGCCUUUCCAUAGAGCUACCUGAAGACAAAUAAGAUUUCAAAAAAGUCUAGCAGCAGGAAAAAGACCCUGUGUGUCUCCCCUACCCCGCCAAAUAUUUUGAGUUAUUUGGCUCUAACUAUAAGGUUUAUUAUGUGGGGGUGACAGGUGAGGUCUGGCUCAGUGGGGAAGCCACAGCUUCCCACAGCCGAGUACUGAGCACUUAAGAUGCAACUAGUCCCGAUUGAGAUGUGCUUGUUCCUGUCAGUUCACACUGGAGUUUGAAAACUUCAUGGUGCGUAAGAAAGAAUAUAAAAUAUCUCAGCCGUGUUCAUAUGAAUGACAUGUUGAGAUAUUUUUAAUAUACUGGGUUAAAUUAAAAAUGUGGGUUUGUAAAUUUUUUUAGAUAUUUAUUUGAGAGAGAGAGAGAGAGAGGGUGUGAGCAGGGCAGAGGCGGACAGAGGGAGACACAGAAACCAAAGCAGGCUCCAGGCUCUGAGCUGUCAGCACAGAGCCUGAUGUGGGGCUCGAACCCACGAACCGCAAGAUCAAAACUGAGCCGAGGUCAGACGCUUCAUCGACUAAGCCACCCAGGCGCCCCACCUUCACCUUUCCUAAGUGUGCAGUUAGUAGCGUUCAGCGUAUUGACAUAGUUGUGCAACCCACUCCCAGGACUUUCUCAUCUUGUAGAACUGAAAUACUGUACCCAUUAACCGUCGGUUCCCCACUUCCUCUCCUCCCAGCUCCUGGCAACCUUCGUUUUAUCAGUGUCUAUGAUUUGGACUGUUCUAGAUGUUUCAUAUAAGUGGGAUUAUACAGUAUGGAUCUUUUCAUGACUGGUUUAUUUCACUUAGCAUAACGUCCUCAAGGUUAUUCAUCAUUACUAGACUUUCCUUCCUUUUUAACACUGAAUAAUAGUCCAUUGUAUUUAUGCAACAUCCUUGAUUAAUUCAUUCUUCCGUCAUCGGACACUUGGGUUGCUUCCGUCUCUUGGCUGUUAUGAAUAAUGCUGCUUUGAAUAUGGGUAUGCAGAUAUCUCAUAGAUUAUACUUUGGAUUCUUUAUGAUAUGUGCAAACAUCUCUUCAAAACCAUGUUUUUGAUUCUUUUGCAUGUAUACCCAGAAGUGGGAUUGUUGGGUCAUAUGGGAGUUCUAUUUUUAAUUUUUUGAGGAACCUCCACCGUGUUUUCCACAGUGGUCACACCAUUUGAUAUUCCCACCAAUGGCCUACAAGGGUUCCAGUGUCUCCGCUUCCUUGCCAACAUCUGAAUAUUUGUUUUCCUUUUUUUUUUUUUUUUUUUUUUUUUUUUUUUUUCAGUAGGAACCAUCCAUUUGCGGUGAUAUCUCAUUGUAGGUUUUGGUUUUUGUUUCCCUGAUGAUAAGUGACGUUGAGCAUCUUUUCAUAAUGCUUGUUGGCUUUUAAAUAAAACAUAUUUUUUAUAUGAAUUUUAUCUGUUUGUCUUUACUUUUUGAAAGUGUUUCUUCGAGAACAAUGUCACAUUAGCUCUGUGGCUAGCAUUCUGUCUUACCUGGGUGGGCUGCUUUGCAGAUGGAGGAGGUAAAGUGCAAGAAUUUUUUUUUUUUUCUUCACUAGUUCCAAAUGAAGUUUAGUGACUAAUGGCUGUAUAGACAGUUCUAAAUUUUAUAUCUUUUAAAAAAAAAACACUUUUUAAGAUCAUUACAGAUUUACAUGCAAUUGGAAGAAAUCAUACAGAGAUCCUGGGGCGCCCAGCUGGUUCAGUUGGAAGAGCGUGAAACAUGGAUCUUGGGGUCGUGGGUUCGAGCCCCAUGUUGGGUGUGGAGAUUGCUUAAAAAUAAAACCUUUAAAAAAAGAAAAAAGAAGUAAAGAAAUAACAACAGAGAUCCUCUAUGCCCUUUGCCUAGUUUCUGCCAGUGGCAACAUCGUGCAUACUAGUACAAUAUCACAGCCUGGAAGGGACGUGGAUAGACUCCGGCUACCCUACUCACGUUUCCCCAGUUCCACAUGUACUCCAUGUUGUGUGUGCGUGUGAGUGUGUGUUCACUACUCUGCGAUUUUAUCCGAUGUGGAAGUUUGUGUGAUGGCCGCUACCGUCAGGAUACAGACAGAAGAGUUCUAGCCCAAGCGUUCCUCAUACUACCUUUUGAACGCCACAGCCACUUCCCUUCUCCCCAGCGCCUAACAACCACUAAUCUAGUCUCCAUGGCUCUACUUCUGUCACGGGUGACCUUUUGAGAUUAGCUUUUUUGCCCAGCGUAAUUCCAUUGAGAUCUACCCAGGAUGUUGUAUAAAUCAAUAAUCACUUGGUUUUGAUUGCUGAGCAGCAUUCCACAGUAUGAUGUAGCACGGUGCAUUGACCUGUUGAAGGACAUUGGAGUUGUUUGCAAGUCACGGUAGGGACUUGGGGAGGGUCACAGCCCGCACUGCGUGUCAUGCGUUAUCCCCGGUACGUCUUCGGCAGCUGCCAGUUGAAGACCAAGGGCACAGGCUUCCUUCGGGUGACUGGCCAUGACGCUGUACCAUGGCAACAAACUGCCACUGUGGACGGUUCCCUAUAGGUUUUUGCGUGUACGUGAGUUUCCGUUCCCAGAAGUGCAGUUGGUGGAACGUAUAGCGGUUUAGUUUUUUAAGACACUGCGCAGCUGUUUGCCAAGACGGCCCUGCCGUUUCGUGUCCCCGUCAGCAAUGUAUGAGGGGUCCGGUUCUUCUAGAUCUUAGCUAGCAUUUGGUGUCAUCACUAUUUGUUUUAGCCAUCCUGACACAUGCCUCAUUAUUGUUGUAAUUUGCGUCUCCCUCCUGGCUAAUGAUGUUGAAUAUAUUUUCAUGUGUUCCUUUGCAUAUGUACACCUUCUUCCGUGAAAUGGCUGUUGCUGUCUUUUGCUCAUUUUCUAAUUGGAUUGUUGGGGUGUUUUACUCCUUCACUCUUUUUGAGAGCUCAGACCAUCCUAGAUUCCAGUCAGGUUUGUGAUUUGCAGAUAGUUUCUCCCAGUCCCAGGUCCCAAGAGUUUUGCUUAGUUGUUUUUGUUUUUUGUUUGUUUUGCCACAACUUUUAUGGUUUGACAUUUUACAUUUGGAUCUAUGAUUCAUGUUCAUUGAGUUUAAGGUCUGAGAUGUAGAUCGAUGUUUAUUCGUUUUGAUUAUAGGUACCUGGUUGCUCCUGCACCAUUUAUGAAAAUUGUUACCCUUUUUCCACCUACCGUUAACCCUUGAACCCCUCAAGGUGAGGGGCGUCAGCCCUCUGCACAGUCAAAAAUCCAUGCAUAACUUUUGACUCCCCCCAGACUUGACUACUGUUAGGCUACUGAUAGCCUGCUUUUCACUGGAAGCCUUAGCAAUAACACAAAACUGUCGAUGAACGCAUAUUUUGUAUGUUACACGUAUCGAAUACUCCGUUCUUACAGUAAGCUAGAGGAAAGAAAACGUUACUGAGAAAAUCAUAAGGAAGAGGAAAUCCAUUUACAGUACUAUACCACAUUUAUUGAAAAAAAUUCACCUAUUAGUAGACCUGGUUGUUUAAGGGUCAACUAUAAUUGGCUGUGCACCUUUCUUAAAAAUUAGUGUGUUUUUGUGACUCUAUUUCUGGGUUCUCUUUUGUGUUCUAUCGAACUGUGUGUCUGUCCCUCUGCCAAUACCACACUUUCUUUUUUUUUUUAAUUUUUUUUCAACGUUUAUUUAUUUUUGGGACAGAGAGAGACAGAGCAUGAACGGGGGAGGGACAGAGAGAGAGGGAGACACAGAAUCGGAAACAGGCUCCAGGCUCUGAGCCAUCAGCCCAGAGCCCGACGCGGGGCUCGAACUCACGGACCGCGAGAUCGUGACCUGGCUGAAGUCGGACGCUUAACCGACUGCGCCACCCGGGCGCCCCAAUACCACACUUUCAUUACUCUAGUCACAUACGAGGCCACAGUAAUGGAUAGAGUGAUUCCUCAGAUUUUAUUCUUUUUUUUUUUUUUUUUUUUUUUCUAAAAUUGUUUUAGCUAGGUCCUGUGCCGUUUCAUCUAUAUUUUUGAAUAAGCUUAUCACUGCCUACAAAAACCCUGCUGGGGUUUCAAUAGGAAUUGUGUUAAACUUAACAGAUCAGUUUGGGGGAGAAUUUGCACCUUCACUGUGUUGAGGCUUCUGAUCCAUAAACGGAUGUCUCUUCAAGUUUUUAGGUCUAUGGGUUUUGUAAUUUUCAGCAUACAGAUCUCAUACAUGUUUUCUUAGAUUUCAUUUCCUUGGGAGCAAUUAUUAAUGGUGUUACGUUUUUAAACUUACUUUCUAAACAUUCAUUUUUAAUAAAUAGAAAUGCCAUUCAUAUUUGUGUGUUCUUGGAUCUUGGAGCUUUGCUGAACUCCGUAAUUUCUUGUAAAUUUCUUGGGCGUCCUAUGUAGACAGUCUUGUUAUCUGCAAAUAGGAUGUUUUAUUUCUUCCUUUUUGAUCUGUGUGCAUUUUCUUUCUUUUUCUUGCUCUAUUACAGUGGCUAGAACUUCUAGUGCUAUGUUGAAUGAGAGCAGACAUACUUGCCUUAUCCCCAGUGUUAGAGGGAAAGCUUUCAGUCUUUAACCAAUGAGUGUGUUAUUAACUGCAGGUGUUUUGUAGAUGUUCUUUAAAAAGAUGAAGAAGUUUCUCUUUAUUUCUGAAUUGCUGACAGUUUUUAGCAUGAAUGGAAUAGGUAUUAGAUUUUAUAAAAUUUUUAUUCUGCAUCAGUUGAUGUGAAUUUGUGAGUUUACUUAUUUUAAUCUGUUGAUGUGGUGAGUUACAUUGAUUUUCAGUGUUAAUCUACCUUACUUGCCUGGGAUAAGUCCUUCUUGGUCAGGGUAUAGUUCUUUUCAUACAUUGCUGCACUGGAUUGAAUUUGCUAGUACUUUGCACCUAAGUUCCUGAGAACUGUUUACCUGUUGUUUUCUCUUCAGACUGUUCUUGUUUUGAUCCGGGCCUUUACAGUGUGUUGGGAAUGUUCCCUUCUUCUCACUUUUCCAGAAGAGAUUGUGUAAGAUUCGUAUUAAUUCUUCAAAUGUUUCGGUAGAGUUCUCUAAGGACCACAUGUAGACCUGAAGAUUUCUUUCUUGCUGAGGAGGGGAGAGGGUGUCUUUAAAUUACAAAUUCAGUUUUUUAGUGUUUGUAGGACUCUUCAGGUUGUCUCUUUCAUCUUGGUUGAAUUGCAGUAGUUUGUGAUUUUCAAGGGAUUGGUCCAUUGCUUCUAAGUUGUUGAAUGUUGGGUAUUUAAAGUGUUUAUGUUGUUCUCUUAUUAUCUUUAGUGGGUGCAGGAUCUGUUGUGAUAGCCCAUUUCAUUCUUGAUAUUGGUGAUUUAGGUUUUCCUAUUUUUUAAACCUUAUCAGUCUUUCUGGAGGUUUAUUGGUUUUAUUUUUUAAAAUCAGCUUUUUUGUCUCAUUCAUUUUACUCUCUUUUCCUGUUUUCAAUUUUAUUGGUCAUUUUUAUUUCCUUUAGUUUGCUUUGUGUUUGUCUUUUCUAGUUUCUUGAGACAGGAACUUGGAGUAAUGUUUUGAGACCUUUCCUCUCUUCCACUGUAAACAUUUAGUGCCAUAAAUUUCCCUUCACCACUGCUUUACCUGUGUCUGACAGUUCUUGGUAUAUUGUGUUUUCAUUUUCGUUACAGUUCUUUUUUUGUUUGUUGGUUUUUUCAUUUCCAGUGACUUUCAUGUGUUUUUAUUUCCUUUGAGAUUUCCUCUCUGACCCUAGAUUAUUUAGAAGUGUGUUGUUUCGUUUCUGAGUGCAUAGCAAUUACCUUGUCCUUCUGUUACCGUUUUCUUGUUUGAUUCCAUUGUGGUCAAAGAAUACAUUAUGUAUGAUUUCAGUUCUUUUAAACGUGUUGAGGUCUGUUUUGGUAAAUGAUCCAUGAGUGCUUGAAAAAUAUCUGUAUUCUGCUGUCGGUUGGAGCGUUCAGUAUGUAUUUACCGGUUGAUCAGAUCUCAGUGGUUGAAUUGUGUUGUCCGUUCUACAUCCUUGCUGAUUUUCUGUCUGGUAGUUCUGUCAGUUGCUGAGACAAAUGGUGUUGAUGUCCCCAGCUGUAAGUGUAUUUCUCCUUUUAAAUCCAUCAGAUUUUGCUUUAUAUAUUUUUGAGGCACAGCUGUAUGGUGUUCACACAUACUGAAUCGUUAACUUAAUUCCUAUCGGAUUGAUCCUUUUAUCAUAAAGGCUACUUCAUGUGAUGUCAAUAUAGCUACUCGUGCUUUUUGUUAAAAAUAAUAAUGCUGUUUACCUGGCAUAUUUUUUCCCACAUCUUCAGAUAAUACUGUAAUCCACUCCCAUCAAAUCUGUCUUCUAAAUGGUGAAUUUAGAUCAUUUACAUUUAUGGUAAUUGUUAAUAUGUUAAGGCUUAAGUGUGCCAUUUUAUUGUCUUUCUGUUUCCUCUGUUCCUAUGUGUGUUUGGUUUUUUGUGGGUUUGUUUUUUUGUUGUUGUUGUGUUUUUUUUUUGUUUUGUUUUGUUUUUUUUAACCUUGCUGUGGGAGCCACCUGGGUGGCUCAGUUGGUUAAGCAUCUGACUCUUUAUUUGGGCUCAGGUCAUGAUCUUAUGAUGUGUGAGUUUGAGCCCUACUUCAGGCUCUGUGCUGACAGUGUGGGGCCUUGGGAUUCUCCCUCUGUAACUCUCUCUCUGCACUUCCCUCCCAAAAAUAAAUAAACUUUGAAAAUAAAAAAUUAAAUAAGUCAAAAUAAGUAAAUCUUACUGUGGGUUAUUUGAGCAUUUUUUAGGAUUCCAUCUUGAUUUAUUUCUAGUGUUCUUUGUUUCUAAGUUUUUUUUUUUUCUUAAGUAAUCACUGUACCCAUCAUGGUGCUCAAACUCACAACCUGGAGAUCAGGAGUCAUAUGCUCCACAGACUGAGCCAGCUAGGCGCCCUGUUUUUAAAUACAUUGUUUAGAAUAAUGUCCUUAGUGAUCGUGCAGUUAUACAGAUGUAAUUUGUUAUGGUCCAUUGGCAUCAGUGGUAUCAAUGUUUUUUAUUUCAUCUGCAGUGUAGACACCUUAAAUCCAUUGAGAUCCCUUUACAUGUCCCACUUUUCAAAUAUAAUUGUCUUUUUUUUUAAU